GAGCUGAUAACAGAGAGCCAGAUGCAGUCCGUGUUCACCGAUAUCGGCAAAGUCAACUUCCGAGACCCUUCCCAUUACUGCCUGAUUCCCAGCGUGCCAGGCCUGGCUGCGAGCUCGGUGGCCUCGGCGGCGUGGCUGAGCAGCGAGGGGGAGGCUCUCUUCGCUCUGCCCUCUGCUUCAGGAGGGAUCUUCGUCCUCAAGCUGCCUCCUCCCGACGCACCCGGAACAGCGUCGGUUGUGGAAUUGAAGCAGAGCUCAGUGAUGCAGCGUUUCCUUACCGGUUGGAUGCCAACUGCCAUCAGGGGUGACUGUGGCCCCUCGGACCUGCCCAUCAGCCUCUCCGUUCACUGCCUCGAUCACGAUGCCUUCCUCUUUGCUCUCUGCCAGGACCACAAACUUCGGAUGUGGUCCUACAAGGAUCAAAUGUGCCUGAUGGUUGUGGAUCUGCUGGAGUUCAUGCCGGUCAGCAGGGACCUGCGGCUCCCGGCCGGGACUGGCCACCGACUGCGCCUGGCCUUCUCCCAGUCCCUGGGGCUUUACCUCGGCGUGUACAUGCACGCGCCCAAGCAAGGGCAGUUCUGUGUCUUCCAGCUGGUGAGCGCCGAGGGCAACCGCUACAGCCUUGACCACAUAUCCUCCCUCUUCUCCUCGCAGGAGACUCUCGUUGACUUUGCCUUAACCUCGACUGAGAUCUGGGCUCUGUGGCACAACGAAGAGAACCAAACUGUUGUGAAAUACAUCAACUUUGAGCAAAAUGUCGCGGGCCAGUGGAACCAGGUCUUUGUGCAGCCACUGCCUGAAGAGGAAGUGACUGUUCGACAGGACCAGGACCCCAGGGAAACCUACCUGGAGUAUCUCUUCAUGCCUGGCCGGUUCACGAAUGCAGCUAUCCAGAAGGCUUUGCAGAUUUUUUCUCAAGGAGCUGAGAGACACGUGGAUCUGACGUGGGAUGAGUUAAAAAAAGAGGUUACCUUAGCUGUGGAAAGCGAGUUCCAGGGCAGCGUGACAGAGUACGAGUGCUCGCCGGAGGAGUUUUGGCAGCUCCAGGUGGAGUUCUGGUCCAAGUUCUAUGCCUGUUGCCUCCAGUACCAAGAAGCGCUCUCACGACCCCUGGCCCUGCACUUGAAUCCCUACACCAGCAUGGUGUGCCUGCUGAAGAAGGGCUCCCUGUCUUUCCUCAUGCCCUGCUCCUUGGUGGACCAUCUCUAUCUCCUCUCUAAUGAACACCUCCUGACUGAGGAUGACGCUGCCAUCUUUGAUGAUUUGGAGAUGUCUCGUGAUGUUGUCUGUCUUGUCCAGUGCCUUCGACUGAUCGGAGAAUCAAUUUCCAUGGAAAUGGCAUUCAUCAUGGAAAUGGCUUGCUCCCGCCUCCAGCCUCCAGAAAAGGCUGCAGAGCAGAUCCUGGAGGACUUGAUAGCUAAUGACACGGAAAAUGUGAUGGAGGAUAUAAACAGCAAACUGCAGGAGAUCAGAAACCCCAUCCAUGCCAUCGGGGUGCUCAUCCGAGAGAUGGACUACGAGACAGAUGCUGACAUGGAAAGAGCUCAUCAUCUAAAUAUGCGCCUGAACCUCACCCAGCUGUACGGCAGCGGCACGGCUGUCAGCGUGGUUUGCUGUGGGGUGUGUAAGAUUGCCACCAUCCGUUUCCUGAUCUGUCGGGACCUGUUGAUCCUCCAACAGCUGUUGCUGCGGCUUGGAGAUCCUAUGGUUUUGGGAGGGGGACAGCUGUUCCAGUCUCAGCAGGACCUGCUGCACCGCACCUCUCCCCUGCUGCUGUCCUACUACCUGAUCAGGUGGGCAAGCCAGUGCCUGGCGUCGGACGUCCCUGUGGACACACUGGAAUCUAAUCUGCAGCAUCUCUCUGUGUUGGAGUUAGCAGACACCACUGCUCUAACACCCCAUAAACUAG